AUGAGUGAUAAUAAUAAAAGUAGUAACAAUGUUAAUAAUACAACUGUAAAUAAUAACUCAAACAGUAAUCAUAAUAUACAUAAUAGAAUAUCGAAUGUUCAGAAUAGCAAUAAGACAAUAAAACCACCAAAAUCAGAGAAAUCAAAGAAUGCACUAUUACAUUUCGUAGCUGGAGGAUUGGGUGGAGCAGCAGGAGUUGUCUGUACUUCACCUCUCGAGGUAAUCAAGACACAAUUACAGGGUGCAAGAUCAUCAUUACUUUAUAUUGGUAAACCUAGAUUCGUACCGACCACAUUUUAUUCAUUAUAUAAUUUAGUUUUAAGAGAUGGAGCAAGAGGAUUAUUUAAAGGAUUAGGACCACAUUUGAUUGGUGUCGCACCCGCUAGAGCAGUCCAUUUUUCAACCUACAGUUUUACUAAAUCGAUAUUGGAGAGGUUCGGAGUCAAGGAAGGACCUAUUAUGUAUUGUACAUCGGCUAUCAGUGCCGGUUGUACUGUUGCUCUUGUUACAAGUCCCAUUUGGUUGGUGAAAACAAGAAUGCAAUUACAGACAUCAUUAAAAAAUUUCAAUCAAGGAACCUAUUAUCAUAAUGCAUUUCAUUGUUGUUUAGCUGUAAUCAGAGAGGAAGGUGUUUUUGGAUUCUAUAAAGGUUUGGGUGCAUCGAUCAUCGGUGUAUCAGAGUCUGCUUUCCAAUUUGUUUUAUACGAAGGUUUUAAAAAGAGAAUCAUUGAAGAGAAGAGAAAGAAAUCACAUAAAUAUCCAAAUCCAAAUGAAUUGACAACAAUGGAAUAUUUGACGGCUGCUGGUGUAGCUAAAUUGAUUGCUGCAGUAUCGACAUAUCCUCACGAGGUAGUGAGAACAAGACUGAGAGAAAACGUUGCACCUGGACAUGUACCGAAAUACACAAGCGUUUUACAAGCACUUUACUUAAUUGGAAAGGAAGAAGGUGUGAGAGGAUUGUUUGGUGGUGUCGGUGCUCACGUGCUAAGAGUAGUACCAAACUCUGCUAUUAUGUUUUUAACCUACGAGUUUGUUGUUGAUAUAUGGUCAUCGAUGACAAGAGUAUUCAGCACCAAAUAA